AUGCGGUUACUAGCUCUAUUCGCCUGUUUUGAGGUGUAUUUCGUAGUGACAGAAGCUGCUCGACCAGGGCAAUCAUGCUCUAGUGUGAUUCACUGCGAGGGUGAUUCGGUUUGUAUUGAAGGCUACUGUCUCUGCGUCGAAGGCAUGAAAAAGCUCCAAGAACUAUGCGUUGAACCGAUCGUUCUCGAGCUGGCCGACCGGAAUGCCCUGACCCCGACUACAACCGCAAAAGCAAAUCUUUUCACCUUGGAAAGUCGAGUGGCUGAUGCGUACAAAGCCAAAGCCAAGGCUUCUACUCCCAAGCCUUUCAAACCGAUUUACAAUUCCCACAAUGGACGUCCCAACAUCGGGCUGGCUGGUGGAAAGUGUGGGAUUGGCGGGUUAUGUCGUGCUUUGACGACUUGUCAGCGUGACGUAUGUGUAUGUUAUCGAGGUUUCCGGGCGGCGUUCGGGGAGUGCGUACGUGAUAAAUUUGCCUCGCCUACCGAAUCCACCACCGCUGCCGAAUCCCGCUUCCGAACCAGCUUC